AUGUCUUCUCGCGUAGCGCCAUCCACGGCAGCGUCCAACGCAGAGCCACCACGAAAGCGACGUCGUCUCUCAGGAGAGGCGUACGGAUCGAUAUCUGAGCGCAAAUCAGGAGACCUCGAGACAUCUCGUGAAGUCGACCACAUGAUCCUGGACUUCCUCGCAUACCAAGCCAUCAAUACUUGCUUUGCCAGCCGGCAAUCACCACCUGGCCCCGAUGACACCUCCGUUGAGGAAGCUCUCUCGCAAGUCGACGAGUCCCUUGCUCUCUUCAAGCAUCGAUAUCCUAGCUUUCGUUUCGAUGCUGAGAUGCGAUUUCGUCAACAGCUCUUGCAACUCGCCGUACUGUUCACUCAGCGAUUGACACGAAACUCGGUGACGCCUCCCACGUCGUCACUGCAAGGUUUACGGAGAAACAACCAAGCCCGCGCUCGUCGUUGGAUUGGCUCCGCUGACCGCGUGCCAACCGCCGGUUACCCAGUCGAUCCAUACGACCGAGAUCUACCUCUCUCGAAUACGAAAUUUGAAGACAAUCGAGCACGUGCGUUGCUAAGUCUCGGCAUGCCGGUGGAAGACGAUGCCUACGUAGACAACUUCUAUGGGACCAGCGAAUGCUUGAGUCUACUUGACUUGACUCCACUCUUCAUCAAGGUUACUGCAACCUUGCGAGACUUCCUCGGCAUCAAUGUCGGCGACAAUUGGCUGCGGCUUGCUGGAGAAUGGAUGCUGCAGGCGUGUUUGGAGCAAUAUCUGGUAUAUGGUGCAAGUGGAACAGACGCGAUCGAUGAGGCUUUCGCAUGGGGCCAUAAGGAGGAAAGUGCCGAAGACGAUCAACAGGAAGAGGACAAGGAAACGAAUGGCAUUUUCUACAACGACGAGAAGGACUCUGAGUCGAGUGGUUGGGAGAAAUUGAAAGAGGAAAUGCUCGAGGAGCUGUUUCUGGCUGCGGACGGCACCAAGGACCUUGUAAGCGGGUUGAUGGAGCUACAGGCUGCGCACCCCAUCGAGACUCUCGAGAAGACCGUUCUGGUCUAUCUAGAAAACCUUUUGGAGAGCGUCCCUGAGCCUGUUCUCGUGCAACUGGAGAAGGGAAAGCUCAAGGACAUGUCCGAAGAGGAGACGAAAGACUUCAUGAAUGCUUGCGGGGUCGCCACAUCGGACCUCUUUUGA